AUGGAACUAUCGACGGCGUUCGCCCCUCGUGCCCAUUCAACUCGAAGACCACAUCGUCGUCGGGCCACCAGCACCAGUACCUCGUCCUUAUCCUCUUCGUCUUCGUCUUCGGUCAAAAGUCUCCACCGCAAGAGCAGUCGCCACAGCAGUAGCAGUCGCGUCGCCAGUACAACGAGCACCGCAAAUAGUACCUCCGCCGACGCCCUCGUCCACCGCACGACCGCCACGUCCGCUGGUAGUACUGUCCCCGUGACGAUUGAGUUCCUCGAGCACGUCUCGCUCGAACUGUCGGUGACAAAGAACCGCACCGACGUGCGGUACGUCAUGACCGUGCGCCACCGCGAGCUCGACGUGCUCUGGCGCCACGCGCGGUCGUUCGACGAGUACCGGAAGCUCCAGCAGCGGCUCGUCAAGCGCCUGCAGCACGGCCACUUUUGCACGGCCGACUGCCCGUGGCUCUCUGGCUUUCUCAAGAGCUACUUCCCCAAGAAGUGGGUCCCGACGUUCGCCAGUGGCCGCGCGGGGGUGAUCCACCAGCGACGGCAGAGCCUCGAGCGGUUCUUCGCAGUGCUCUUUGGGUUCGUGACGGACCGGCAAAACUUGGGCUGUGCGAUCGUUGUGACGGCCUUUGCCGACGAACUCGUGCGGUUCGUCUAUGGCGAUGCCCUGCAGCAGUACGGACUGCAGUACGCACCGGUGCAGUGGACAAAGAGGGACAGAGGAUGGGCCCACGUGUACGGCGCCAAGUUGAAGGAAACUGCGACGUCGGUCAAGCAGCACUUUCGAGGACGUGGGGCAGCUGAGCAGCAGCAGCAGGAGGAGGAACACCACCACCAGCAGCAGCAGCAGCAACAGGCGAAGCAGUCAGUGCGAAGGUCGUUGCCUACGAGUUCGUCGAGGGACUUAGGUGCCGCGUUUGAUGUGGUCACGGAACUGGACGAGUGCGACGACUGUACGAUCUGUGGCUUACGGCUCUGUGGAAACGCAGCGUCCGAGGAUUUGCCGUUGAUGCCGCGGUCGAAUCUGACUGCUUUGCUCUUGGAAGAAGACGAGGCUGUGAAUGGCAGUGUCGAUGAGAUCAUUGACAGCAGCAGGUCGACGGCGUGCUGCACGGACACGGGCGGGUGGCUCCAGUCUCGCGCCAACAGGAACAGCAACACCAGUACGAGCGGUGUGUUUACGCCGUCGUGGCAAGGUAUGGGCACGCCUAGUGGGAGCAGCACUGCCUGUGCUGUCGGCGGCUAUCGACCGAAUCAGAGCAGCGUGAACCGACGACGAGCAGCGACGUACUACUUGACGACACUGAACUGCGGUCACCAGUUCCACGACGAGUGCAUUGUGGCAAAACUGAACGAAGCGUUAGUUUGUCCGACGUGUGGACGCGCCCAGACGAACGCUUGA